AAGCCCGUUUACUAUAUUUUUAGGCCCAAAAUCCAAUAAAUUUCAGCCCAAUAUUUAUAUUUAAGUCUAAACCCUAAACCCCUUUUCCAAAAUCCCAGAAUUCUCGCUAGUCUCUUACGAAUUCUUCAAUUUUUUAAAGUCUGAGUUGUAUGAUGGUUAAGAAUGAAUUAGCCAUGAUGAAUCCAGAGAAUGAUGAGGAUUUUGACCCAGAAACCGAUUCCGAAUCUGGAUCGGGGGAAGAAGAAGAAGAUCAGCAAGUUGUAAAGUUGGCUGAACCUUCAAAGACCGCUGUAUAUAACAAGGACGGUUUGCUUGAAAGGCUGAAUGAUAUCAGUUGGCCUAACAAUUUGGAUUGGACUCACAGGCUUAAUAUUGAUAGGGAGGAGCAAGAACAGGUGGACGUGAAUGAUGAUCUGGUGAGGGAACAUGCUUUCUACAUGCAAGGGUUAGAAGGCAUACGCCAAGCGUACAUCAACUUUCAGUCAACCGGCGAACCAUUCCUAAGGCCUGCUGAUUAUUAUGCGGAAAUGGUGAAAACCGACACUCACAUGGAAAAAGUUAAGGGCCGACUCUUGGCUGAGAAGAGAAGAAUUGAGGAGUCCGAAGAGAGAAGGAAGGCGAGAGAUAACAAGAAACUCGCCAAGGAUAUACAAGCACAGAAGAUGAAAGAAAGAACUAAGCAGAAGAAGCAGGAGAUUGAGUCGGUUAAAAAGUGGAGGAAGCAAAGGCAGCAAAGCGGAUUCGAUAAAGAGGAUGCUGGCGGGCUAGAUUUGGCUUUUGAUGGAGGAGACGUUAAUAAACCCUUUCAGAGAUCGAAUCAUAAGAGACCUGGUGUAUCUCCUGGAGAUCGUUCAGGGGGGAGGGCGAACUUUGGUGGGAAAGGAGGGAAGGGUUUUGACAAAAAGAGGAAAAGCCGGGAAUUCAAGGACUCCAAGUUUGGAUUUGGUGGGAGAAAAGGGUUGAAGAAGCAGAACACUGCUGAGACUACCAAUGAUUUCGGAGGAAGCCACAAGGGUGAACGUUUUGCAAAAAACAAACGGGUGAAGAGAUGAUUGUUUCUUGCUUAUUACUUGCUGGUUUUUGUUGUACUAGACUAAAGUUAUUGCUUUGUUAUGCGGAUGAAAUUAGUAUUUAUUUGAGAGCUUUACCUAUCAAACAGAAUGAAUUAAAUGUCUCGUAUCAUAAAGGUUUUUGCAAAUUGAUGAUCAUUUUUCUUGGCGUUGAAA